CUCUUGGAAUCAUUGAUAUCGAUCCGAAUCAUCAGUUAUCGAAUUUUGAACAAUUUGAUCUCGAGGAAGAUGGUCUUAUCGAGGAGAAUGAUCAGUCUAAAGAUGCUUCUGUCAAUCGUACAACAAGCAUUUACGUUAGCGAUGAUGUGUGGAAUCAAUUAGCGGCUGUUAAUGGCGACAAUAUAAACCCGUUCUUCCUUAAUCCAGAAGAUAGAUUUGGUGGUGCGGGGGUUUCUACUGUAUCCCCAUUAACUCCAAUACAAGAAGUUCCUCCUAGUAGUAGUAGUGUUGGCGAAGAUAAAAGUCCUGGAACUCCAGAACAAAGUUCCUCUGCUGAUGGCAGUCCUUCACUGGGAGCUCGUACUAGGGCUCUUAGAAGGCCUGAAAGAUUUCAAGCAGUAUCUCCUAUUCCUAGUGCACCACAGGAUAGGCGUCUCCUCCUUGCCACACUCUUGGCGCGUCUUAAUGCUAACAGCGAUAUCGACAACCACAUGUUCCGUAAACUUUGUUAUUUGUCAAAAGAGACGCCAUUAUCUGCUGGUGCCGAAUCUGCUGAUAUUUGGGAAAAUGGCGAUCGGUUCUCGGAGUUAAUUACUGCAUUACUUGUGUUUUUGGAAAAUCCACUACAGAAUAAUUCUGAAUUAAAAGAAAAUGCACUGCAAUUACUUCAGCAAUUGCUGCUCAACCAAACUGAGUAUGUGCAAGGCAUGGAACGGGAUCUUUUGCGUAUACUGUUAGAGUGUCGCGCUGAUCCGGCGAACAAUGUAUGUGGCAAAGUCGACGAAAUUCUAGACACAUACGUACAAAUAGUAGACCCACUUCUUGGUCUCUAUUCACUAAUAGACAUUAUGGAAUCUAGAUCGGCAUUUGUAGUGCUCGCGAAACUGGUGAAAAGAUUUGAUCAAAAGUCGCUGGAGAGACAAGUUGGCAGGAUUUUGCCGUUAGCUAUUCGGGGAUUCAAUGACCCGAAAGCUGAGAUUCGCAAAUCAAUAGUUGAAGCCCUUGUUUCUAUAUAUUCUGUAAUCGGUGAUGAUUCUACCAUGUUCCAAUACCUCAGCAGUCUUAACUCGUCACAACAGAAUCUCAUCAAAUACUACUUUAAGCGCGCGUCGGUUAGCGCACAUGGAAUUCAAGUAUAA